UUCUUCAAGGAUCUUAUGCAUAGCAUAUGAGGUUUUGCAAGGUUUGCAAUAUAUGAACAAACAUGGAAUGGUCCACCGAGCACUCUCCCCUUGCAAUAUUCUUUUGGAUCGAAAGGGACAUGUGAAGUUGGCUAAAUUUGGACUCUACCAUAUGACGGCUCAAGGUGUUGAUGUUGAUUUCCCUAUAGGGUACCCAUCAUAUCUGGCACCUGAAGUAAUUGCACAGGGAAUAGUCAAACCAAGUGAUCAUACUCAGUGUGAGAAGCCGCUGCCUUCUGGCCCUAAAUCAGAUCUGUGGUCUCUUGGUAUAAUAUUGUUUGAGCUUUGCAUGGGAAGAAAAUUAUUCCAGAGUUUGGAGAUAGCAGAGAGAUUGAAAUUUAUAAUUAUGUUAGGCUGUGUAGAUGAUAUUGUAACUGUAUUGGCUGAAGAACAUGGUUGCCUUGAUAUUAUUAAGGACCUUUCUGAAAAUAUCAUAGCUCUGCUGAAGAAAUGCCUUACAUUCCAGCCUUCUAAGAGGCCAACUCCAGAGGAAUUGCUGCGUGACAGUUUGUUCAGUGAAGUAUCCUCAGUAUAUCCUCCCUUCCACAAACCUGCUGGUCUGUUCUCAUCUUCUCCAAGGUGUGCUAAUUUAACGCUUCCUGAAGACAUAAGUCAAUUAUGUAAAGACGAAGAUGGUGAUUACCUAGCAGAAAGAUCAAUUGAAGAGGUUUAUUAUCUCUGGUGUUUGGCUGGAGGAGACUUGGAGAAAGAACUUGUCAACAAGGAAAUCAUUCGAUCAAAGCCACCUGUCUGCACACUUCCCAACUUUUUAUUAGAAGAUGGUGAGAGCUUUGGGCAAGGACGAGAUAGAAGUUCCCUCCUAGAUGACACAACUGUGACUUUGUCUCUCUGCCAGCUCCGAAAUAGACUGAAAGAUGUUGGUGGGGAAGCAUUUUAUCCAUUGCUUGAAGAUGACCAGUCAACUUUACCUCAUUCGAAUAGUAGUAAUGAGCUGUCUGCAGCUGCUAGUCUUCCUCUGAUCAUCCGGGAGAGGGACACAGAGUACCAGCUAAACAGAAUUGUCCUGUUUGACAGGCUGUUGAAGGCCUAUCCAUAUAAGAAAAACCAAAUUUGGAAAGAAGCCAGGGUUGACAUCCCUCCUCUUCUGAGAGGCAUAACCUGGGCUGCCCUGUUGGGUGUUGAGGGUGCCAUACAAGCAAAAUAUGAUGCCAUUGAUAAAGACACACCAAUUCCUACAGACAGACAAAUUGAAGUUGAUAUUCCUCGUUGCCAUCAGUAUGAUGAAUUGCUGUCAUCACCAGAGGGUCAUGCAAAGUUUAGACGUGUAUUGAAGGCCUGGGUUGUUUCCCAUCCUGAUUUGGUGUACUGGCAAGGUCUUGACUCUCUUUGUGCACCGUUUCUGUACUUGAAUUUUAACAAUGAAGCUCUGGCAUAUGCCUGCAUGUCUGCUUUUAUCCCAAAGUAUUUGUAUAACUUCUUUCUGAAGGAUAAUUCUCAUGUUAUUCAAGAAUACCUGACAGUGUUUUCCCAGAUGAUUGCAUUCCAUGAUCCAGAGCUGAGUAACCACCUUAAUGAAAUUGGUUUUAUUCCAGAUCUUUACGCUAUUCCGUGGUUUCUUACAAUGUUUACACAUGUCUUUCCUUUGCACAAAAUUUUUCAUUUGUGGGAUACGUUACUGCUUGGAAAUUCCUCCUUCCCGUUCUGUAUUGGAGUUGCAAUACUUCAACAACUGAGGGAUCGUCUUCUGGCUAAUGGAUUCAAUGAAUGCAUUCUCCUUUUUUCAGACUUGCCAGAGAUUGAUAUUGAGCGUUGUGUUCGUGAGUCAAUCAACCUGUUUCGCUGGACUCCAAAGAGUGCUACAUACAGGCAAUAUGCACAGCCUCCACGACAAGCCAGUGAGAGCAACGGCACAAGAAGUUCGAUGUCCUGCUUUUCAGCAGACUAUCAGGAAGCACCUGGAAGUGACCUA